ACUGAGCACGAAUAUUUUUUCAUAUUUAGUUUUUUUUUGUUUGAUGUGACUACAUCAAACAGGUGACCGUGAUGAUCAUGGAUAUGAUUGCAGAUUCCAGCCAGAAUCAGAGAGAAACCAUGAGACAGCUGACAGGCCAUAGGGCUGCAGUUCAGGCUAUGGAACUGAUGAGCAGUUUUUUUAAGCAUAUCAAGGCAAAUGAUGAGCAAAUGAGUGAAAGGAUCCGCACUCAGGCCGUUAGGGUGCUGAUGGGAAUUUUCCUCUGGGAUCCUGAGAGAGAUGACCCCACACCGUACCUUGCGGAAGUGGUGGACGCCGGAGCGGAGCAAGGUCCUAAAACCGAGCACAGCACAUCUCAACGAGGAAGUAUGAGGGAGCUGACAGGCCCUAAGGCUGCAGCUCGGGCUAUGGAACUGAUGAACAGCUUCUUCAAGGAUAUCGAAGCAAAUGAUAAGCGAAUGAGUGAAAGGAUCCGCACUGAGGCCGUUAGGGUGCUGAUGGGGAUUUUCCUCUGGGAUCCUAAAACAGGUGACACCACACCACAGCUUGUGCUAGUGGUGGAUGCUGGAGCAGAGGGAGAACAGAGGGGAACAGAGCGCUGCAAAUCUCUGGCAGAUAAGGUUAAGGCUGAGGCAGUUGUUGAGACUGUGGCUGCUGCUCACCCUAAAAACAGAAAGUCACAAAAUGCUGGCACAGAGAACAGCAGAACUCUGGAUGACAAUCAUACAGUAAAUCCUGUUGAAAUCAGUGGGGGAAAGGAGAAGAGGGAAAGAAGCAGGAGAGAGACAUGUGGCAAAGGAAGAAAGAUCAAUUACAAUAUGGUCCAGAACCACAAACCAGGGAUGCUGAAAGAGGAGGUUCAGGGUGCGAGGGCUGAAGCCAUCAACCAGUUCUUGAAAGCUCUUCUGGAACAGGAAAAGGAAAAGCAGGGCAAUGAAACAAGAAUCCCAAAAGAGUCGACUGAUGGGACGGAGGCUAAAGCUGAAAAAGACAAAGCAGAAGAGACUGAAGCAGAGAACAGCAUAACUCUGGCAAUUAUCAACAUGCAUGACAAUUCGGCCAGAAACACCAGCAAAGGGACAGAGACCCGAAGAGGGACACAAGGCGAAGGGAGAAAGAUUAAUUACAAAACGUUCCAGGACAAGACAAAAGGGGAAAAAGAGAAGGAGGAUGGUGUGAGGGGUGAAGCCAUCAACUUUGUCUUGAAAGUUCUCCAGGAAGCGCAAAAGAUCACCAUGUCCUUGGAUGGACCAAUCAGCAACAUACACGAUGAGCCUGACAAAACCCCUGGCAAUGGGACUGAGAAAAAGAAAAGGACAAGAAGAGGGACACGAGGCAAAGGGAGAAAGAUUCAUUACAAAAAGUCCCAGGAUCAGAAAAGAGCGGUGCUAAAAGAGGAGGAUGACGGUGCGAGGGCUGAAGCCAUCAACCUAGUCUUGAAAGUCCUGCAGGAAGCGCAGAAGAUCACCAUGUCUCUGGGUGGAGCAAUCGCUAACAUGCAUGACAAGCCUGUCAAAAACCCUGGCAUGGAGCAUCAGAGAAAAAAAUGGACCAGAAGAGGGACACGAGGUAAAGGAAGAAAGAUCCAUUACGAAAAAUUCCAGGACAAGAAAAGAGUAAUCAGCAACAUACAUGACAAGCCUGUCAAAAACACCAGCAAUGGGACUGAGAAAAAGAAAAGGACGAGAAGAGGGACACGAGGCAAAGGGAGAAAGAUCAAUUACACCAAGUUCCAGGACAAGAAAAGGGAGAUGCAGAAAGAGGAGAAGGAUUUAGCGAGGGCUGAAGCCAUCAACCUGAUUUUAAAAGUCCUUCUGGAAUAGGAAGAGAAAAAGAUCACCAUGUCUCUGGAUGGAGUACACAGCAGAAAUGAGGAUGUGCCUGCCGAAAACACAGGCAGUCCGACUGAGAAAAAAGAAAUGAAGCAGCAGAGGGGCAUUAGGCCAAGGCAACAUCUGCCACAUUUAAUGCCAUCUAAACUUUGUGAUAGACAAACCCAGGGUGAAGGCUGAAGAAGUAUCUAAGCCUAAUGACAAAGUUAAGCCACUGUGUACAACUGAGUAAUUAAUUUUAAUGACAAAAUAUAGACAAACACUGAUAAAAGGCAGGAGAAAAGACAACAGACGAGCAAAGCUAAGCUGGAAGCUGCUCAAGGAUGACGUAAAGGCAAAGAAGCAACACAUAGAAGAGGGAGAAAAAUCAGCUACAAGAAAGAACAAAGAUAAUCAUGAGAAAUUGAUAAAACACCUCCAGACACAUGCAGGAAUCAAGGACAUACUAUUCAUAGCUAAUACCAUUUAUCUUAAUCUAAUAUGACUUACCAUAAAAAUGUACUAUCUACAGUACUGUGCAGAAGUUUUAUGUGGGUAAUAAAUGUUUGUCCGUUAAUAAAUGUUAAUAGUUUAUUUUUGUAAUCUAUUAACACUAACUUAAUUUUUAUAAACUCAAGUAAGAAAAUGGACAUUGCAUGAACAGAAGAGAAAUCCAAAUCAAGUCAGUAUUUGAUGUGACCACCUUUUGCCUACUCCUUCUUCUAGCUUCCCCCAAUGUAGGUACACUUGCACAUAAGUUUUUGAUGGUGUAAGACUAGUGGCAUGAAACGGUCUUCGACUUAGCAGAGUUUGGCUGUUCCUCACCCAGUUUUAAGCCUCCUAUUCAGCUGUUCCUGUUUCAGUUAAUGACUGUGUUUCAAGCUACAUAAGAAAUUGAUUAUACCUGCUUGGUAUAAUUGGUUAUCCAUACACCUGACUCUGAUCUUACAAAAUCAAUGACUUUGAGCAAGUGUAAGAAUUGAUGCUGUUUGAAGCCAAAAGGGUCAACACACUAAAUAUAGAUUUUUCUUCUGUUUGCUCACUUUGCAUUUUGCAAAUUGAUAAAACAUUUAAAUAUGUAUUUUUGAAAG